AAGAAAUGAGGUGAAAAUUGGAUGAAAGAAAAAUAAAGUGUACCAAUAUGCAUGAUUACUUUUUUUGUUUAUUUAACUCACCUCACUCCUUUUGUUUUCCCCACCCCUUGAAAACCACUAGCAACCAACAAACACAUUUAGAUCACCUUUCCUCAUCCCUUAAUUUCCACUCCCUCAAGGUUUACACCAACCAUUCUCCCAAAUGGCACCCAAGCCAGCUGAAGAAGAAGCUCCUCGUGGAGAAACUCUCAAGUACCAGACUUGGGUUUUGAAAGUCUUGAUCCACUGUGAUGGCUGCACAAAGAGAGUCAAGAAAAUUCUUCAGGGAAUUGAUGGUGUUUACACAACAGAGAUUGAUCCUCGGCAGCACAAGGUUAUUGUCACUGGUAACGUGGAUGCUGAGACUCUCAUUAGGAGGCUCACAAGAUCAGGGAAAUCAGUGGAGCUUUGGCCAGAAUUGCCUGCUGAGAAGAAAGAUAAGAAGCUUGAAAAAUCCAAGGGUGGUGACACUAAAAAUAAGGAGAAGGAAAACCAAAAGAAUAGUGAACCAGUGGGUGAUGGUGGUUCCAAUGAGGAUUGUAUAGAUGCUGCUGGUGAGGAUUCAGAUCAUUGUGAUGAUGAUGUGUGUGGAGAUGCUAGUGGAAGUGGUGGUGGCGGUGAAGGUGGUAAAAAGAAGAAAAAGAAAAAGAAGAAGAAGAACAAGGGGGAAAACGGUGGUUCUGCUCCUCCUAAUAAUGGAGGAGGAAAAGAAAUUAGUACAGUUGAUGCACCAGUCCCUCAAAGCAUAGUAGCCACUCCCAAGGAUCUUAUUACUGGCCCUCCAAUUCAGCAUGUGUAUCCAUAUCCACACAUGUACUAUUCACCUCCACCACCUCCAGCACCAGCAUAUGGGUUAAGCUAUAACACAUCAUAUCCUGUUUCUAGUGCUUCUUAUUCUGUUGGUGCUCCUAUGGUGAUGCCUAUGCAUGCUUACUCUGCUGCAUACCCUCCACUUCCUCCACCUCCUCCACCAUCUGAUCCAAUCAAGCACUAUGGUGAUGAUGAUGACGAUGAAUACCAAGGUGGAUUUUGCUCGAUUAUGUGACACACUACCUAGUGGAGGAUGAUGUGUAUGUACUAGUUAAUAGUUUUAGUGUAUUAAUUACUUACUAGUGCUAAUAUUCGGGGGAAGUGGGGUUUAAGAUUUGUAAUAUGAGCUACAAAAAUAGAAAUUAACUAGUUGAAAAUGAUGUGGACAGUGCAAGGUGUGGAUGGCCUUCAAUGCUUUGUCCUUCUUUAGCUUCUUUUUUUAACUUGUUAAAAGCUCAUCUUUUGUGCAAUUUGUAGGACAGGAAAUCUCCCUUUUCCUCUCUAUCUUAUGUGUAAAGUAUAUUUCUGUGUACUAAUUUUUCUUUUUCUCUUUU